UUACUGCACGUGUUUCUGCAAACAUUGCCGUUUUUUCGUCCCUUCAUUUUAGUUUUUUUUUCUCAUUAAUUGCUAACCCCAGAGAAGAUUUCAAGAGAAUGGAAGAAAAUACGUCUCCGGAUUUUGUGUGGAAUUAUGGGAGUAAAGACUUUUUAACCGGAUAUUCCCAACUGUUCAACAAUCCCAUCAUGUCGGAUUUUACAUUCAGAGUAGUCUCGGAAGACACUGUGGUGCCAGGGCAUAAGUUCAUUAUGAGUUUGUGCAGUUGGGACUUUUACAAUAUCUUCAAUUUCGUGAAAUUGGACAACUAUGAAUUGAUCAUUGAGGAUGUUUCCCUGACGUCAUUUCUGACCUUUUUGGAGUACUGCUACACCAUGAAGAUGAAUUUGUGUGACGACACCACGUUCAAGAAGACUGUAGAAGUCCUCAAGCUUGCCCAGAGAUUCCAUAUGGUACCACUGGUGAAGAUUUGUGAGGAUCACAUCAAGACCAACAUAUCUGAGGUCAACUGCAUGAUGAUUUUCAAGAAUAAGGAUGUACUUUCUCCGGAUUCAGCCGCAUCAAAGGAAAUGAUGAAGAAAAUUGAAGUAUAUUUCUGCAACAUUAUUCUUGAUCAAAAAAGCCUGGAUAUUCUUGUUGAUCUCCCAUUGAAAGAUCUUCAUGAGAUCACUCGUAAUCCUCUGAUUAAUUGCGAUGAAAUUGAAAUAUUUGACGUACUGAUGAAGUGGGCAAAGAGGAAUUGCGAGAAAAAGAACAUUCAAUCGGAUUCAGCUAAGAAUCUGCGUCUGAUCCUUGGAGAAGUAUUCUACGAGAUUCGCUUUCUCAGCAUGCCAAUUGAUUGGUUCACUGACAUACUGGCAAAAUAUCCAGGAAUGUUCACCCAUGAUGAAAUUUCAAAUAUUUGUAACUACAUAACUCAUGGCCAAUUUGCCUCAUUGAAUUACUCCAUGGGAUUUAAAUGCAAUCCACGGAAACCAGAAUUUGAUUUUCGUUCAAUUAUUCCAUUUGGACGAACUGUACCAACCUUCUGUGGAGCUCCUAAAAUGGACCAAGAAACAUUGGAUAUAAGAUGCGAGAUUAAAACUUCUGAAUCAAGAAAUCUGCUUGGAUUUGCCUUGUUUGCCAAGAAAGGUGAGACGGUGAAUAUUAGAUCGUGCAAAUGGACAUAUUCAUCGUACCGCGGACAUGGUAGGAAUUCCUACACUGAGUGCGAUAUUAUUGCCAGUGGAAAAUGCAGGUUCAACAAUGACUUUGAUUUGAUAAUCUUUCGUAUUAAAAAUCCAUAAAAUCUCAACGAAGUCAUUCAGGUUAUAUGACCUACAGAUUGGAAUGCUAUUGUGAUAAAAGGGUUCCAAGUGUGAAAGGAUAUAAUAUUGACCAGCAUGGAACUCGUCUUAAAGCGACGGCAAUGGGUGGUAUACCGUAUAUGAUUUUUAAAUUCGAUUCAUAAAUCAUAUGAUUUCCUACUUUAUGUAAAAAUUAAACUUCCCAAAAGAACUUCUGCAAAAGAGGAUUUUGAAGAAAUCUUUCCAUUUUUGUAAACAACGAAAAAUUAACUAAAUGAAUUAUUAAAGAAAAAAUGAUUUGAAAA